CCACACUGCUCCUCCACGUUCCGUCAUCAGCGUGUACUGUAGACGACAGAGCGGUCCUAUAAACAUCUGCCUUGCCGACCUGCAGACAGUGAGCGUGUCGCGAAGAGACAUGGACAUGAGGACACACUGAGUGCAGACUGCACUGAGCCGCGGACCGUCAGGGCAUUCCUGUGAUAAGGACAACUGAUUCGCGGAAUCAACAUCAUCAAACACUCACAUCUGACAGAUUAUCACUAACACCCGUUAAAGAACUAAGAACAUUUGCCAGUGCGCAUUUUGGCCCUCGUGGCAACGGAAGGACCUAUGUCUUUUUUGAUCACUUUGCAUUGAUUUCAGUCAUUGAUUUACCCCAUGCCACAGAACAGGGCAGGAUUAUAAUUCCCUCUUGGAUGUAAAAGUCAUCGAUUUUCCUACUCAUCAACACCAAACUUUUCUUUACACGUCUGGAAAUUGCGCACGGAGAUGGCGCAAAGGUACGAUGAGCUGGCUCUUUACGGAGGCGCGAUGGACGGAGUCGGAGUCCCCACCUCCAUGUACGGAGACCCGCACGCCCCCCGGCCCCUGCCCCAGGUCCACCACCUGAACCACGGGCCGCCUCCGCAUCCGACGCAGCACUAUGGAGCCCACGCGCCGCACAACAUCAUGCCCAGCAGUAUGGGCAGCGCCGUCAACGACUCACUAAAGAGAGACAAGGACCAAAUAUACGGCCACCCUUUAUUUCCACUGUUGGCUCUGGUGUUUGAGAAGUGCGAGCUGGCGACCUGCACGCCCAGGGAGCCCGGGGUUGCGGGAGGAGACGUUUGCUCCUCCGACUCCUUCAAUGAAGACAUAGCCGUAUUUGCAAAACAGAUCCGCGCAGAGAAACCUUUAUUUUCUUCCAACCCAGAGCUAGAUAACUUGAUGAUUCAAGCGAUUCAAGUCCUACGAUUUCAUCUCCUGGAAUUAGAAAAGGUUCAUGAGCUCUGUGAUAACUUCUGCCAUCGGUACAUCAGCUGCCUAAAAGGCAAAAUGCCUAUCGACCUGGUCAUAGAGGACCGAGACAUCUGCAAGUCGGACUUCGACGACCUCUCCGGAUCCUCCACCAACCUCGCAGAUCAUAACCCUGCAUCCUGGAGAGACAUGGAUGACACCCACUCCAUGCCCUCUGUGGGCACCCCAGGACCGUCGAGCGGAGGACAUGUCUCUCAGAGUGGCGACAACACCAGUGAACUUGGAGAUGCCCUCGACAACAGCCUGGCAUCACCAGGCACAGGAGACGAGGAUGACCAAGACAAGAAAAGGCAGAAGAAACGAGGCAUUUUCCCCAAAGUAGCAACAAAUAUAAUGAGAGCAUGGCUCUUCCAGCACCUUACGCACCCAUACCCCUCAGAGGAACAGAAAAAGCAGCUAGCACAAGACACAGGCCUCACCAUCCUUCAAGUGAACAACUGGUUUAUCAAUGCAAGGAGGAGAAUAGUCCAGCCUAUGAUUGAUCAGUCCAACAGAGCAGUGAGUCAGGGAACAUCUUACAGUCCGGAUGGCCAGCCAAUGGGAGGAUUUGUUCUUGAUGGGCAGCAGCACAUGGGUCUCCGACCUGGAGGGCCAAUGGGUAGCAUGGGCAUGAACAUGGGCAUGGAUGGGCAAUGGCACUACAUGUAAAUCCAUUUCACUGAGGCAAGCCUGAAAAACACUGGUAAAGCCUCCAUGGUGGGCUCAGGGAUCUUCUAACAUCUGGCUGUGGAGCUCAGUACUGUAGCCGCCUCCGCAGCCACCACGUCAAACCCACCUGAUCAUCCACUUGGCUACUCCCACUCCCACCUCACCUUGCCCGAGCCUGCACAGUGCGCACGUGUAGAGGAUCGCAUGGAAGCACCAGGCCGCUCAAAACUUUAACAUUAAACGGAACAGAGACUUGGAGCUUUAAGGCUGCAUGUAAAAUAUGAGGACGAAGGACUUCAUAGUGAAGAGAAGCAGUUUGACACAUCUCCUCCAUUUCGUUUGAAUUAUUUAUUUAUUUUUCUACAACAGCGGACCAUGGGAAAGACAACUUUUUACCUUUUUCCCAUUUUUAAACUAAAGCUUUACCCUCGGAAAUAAAAUUGUACAAAACACACACACACACACACACACACAUAAACGCAUGCACGUGCACACACACACACACACACAAACGCAUGCACGUGCGCACACACACACAUACACACACACACACACACACACCCUCUCUUUACAGGAAAACAAAACAAAAAACACUGUGAAUAUUUUUGUUUAAUAUGAGGACUUUAAUUGUUGUGCUAGAUUUGUGCUCCUUAUUUGGUUGUUUCUAUUUAUGUUUGUGCUUGUGAUCACUAGAGGAGUGAGCUUGUACCACUGACAUGUUUUUUUUUAAAAUCCCAACUUUAAUCAAAAAAUUUAAAGAAAAAAACUGUAUAUUUUUGUUUGUUUUCAAUGCACUACAUCUCUUUCCUUUUACUUGUGUUUGUAUAAAUUGGAACGGAAACCUUUUUUGACAAUGUUUUGAAUAGUUUUAGCACCAAAACACAGAAGUCUGCACUAAAAUCAAAUAAAGAAGCUUAAAUGAGGAAGACAAAAAAAAGGAUCGAGCAAAGUGAUUUAAUGUGACGAGCAGAUCUGCCAUCCUGAUUGUUUCCGUUAUGCUAUUUUCCUGCUUGCUCACUUUAAAAUCCGAUCGAGAAAGGUCAGUGUAGGCGUUGGAGAAAAUUGUUUAAGCAACGACAUUAGUUGGUGGUGCAGGUCACGUAGCAAGCACUGGUUCGAUAUGAGACGGGAUUGCAGUUGUCUCGCGUUAUUCGAUUGAUGGUGACAGGAAUGAUGGAUGGCCUGGCUGCAAAGUUCAAGAAAAUUCAGAGCGAAGUCGGAGGCUGCAGCGGCGGGCAGCUUUUACUAAAUGUUGUUGUUUCUAUAUAUAGUUAUAGGGCUACUGCUGGGAUGGUUGGAUGCAUAUGUGUGAGUAUGUCUCUGACAGGAAGACAAAAAUAUGUAGACACGUAAAAUGAAAAACAUUGUUUCCUAAAAAAAAACAAAAAAACUUAGUUUUCAAUGAAACACUG